AUGGGUGAAUCGAAAGACGCAAUACCUUCGGGCAAUGCAGAGAAAAUCGGUCCAAUAUGCUCAACUGAAGCCUUUCUCGUCGACUGGGAGGGGGAUGACGAUGCGACAAACCCGCUCAACUGGUCACGAAAAGCUAAGGCCAUCAUCACAAUUUUGGUUUCUUGUCUCAGCUUGCUCACGCCGCUCGCAUCAUCCAUGUUGGCUCCAGGUGUACAGCAACUUGUGACCGAUUUCGAUAUCCAUUCGGAGUUCUUGAUCACUCUUGUCAUCUCAAUCUACCUCAUCGGAUAUGCCGUGGGUCCUCUCGUCUGCGCCCCAAUGUCUGAACUAUACGGUCGCCAAGUCGUUUACCACAUCACGAACGUGCUCUUUACGAUUUUCACCAUUGCGUGUGCAUUAGCACCGAACUUGAACAUUCUGAUCGGUUUUCGUUUCCUGGCUGGCGCGGCGGGAAGCGCACCGUUGGUCUUGGGUAGUGGGGUUAUUACAGACAUCUACCCGAGGGAAAGGAGAGGAUCAAAGUUGUCCACUUUCGCUAUGGGUCCGUUGCUGGGCCCAGUAAUUGACCCUAUAGCAGGCGCAUUUCUGUGUCAGAAAAUGAGAUGGCGCUGGGUUUUCUGGGUUCUUACCAUUGCCGCUGGUGUCAUGACCUUGUUGUGUUUCGCCUUCCUCAAAGAGACAUACGCGCCCGUGCUGCUUGAACGCAAAGCGGCUAGACUCAGGAAAACUAGUGGGGAUAGCAAUUCUCGACAAGCUCUCUGGUCAGCGCUGAUCCGGCCCACGAAGAUGUUUUUUCUGUCCCCCAUCGUACCUCUCUUUUGCAUCUAUAUCGGUAUCGUCUACGGCUACAUGUAUAUCCUUUUCACCACAUUCACCGAGGUCUAUGAACACGUGUACAACUUCAGCGCUGGCAUUGCUGGCGUUCCGUUCAUAGGCAUUGGCCUCGGAAUGUUCGGUGGUCUCUGGGUAUUCAGCGCGACCAGUGACAGACUUAUCAGGAGAGAGAUGGGCAAAGGUAACGUUCCUCAGCCAGAAGUGCGCCUACAGGGUAUGCUUCCGGCUGCCAUUUGCAUUCCAAUAGGGCUCUUUUGGUAUGGUUGGAGUGCAGAAAAAGGAGUUCAUUGGAUUAUGCCGAUCCUUGGGACGGUGUGGAUUGGGUAUGGGAUCAUCGGAAUUUUCAUAGCUGCUCAGGCCUACCUCAUCGAUUGCUACCCUCGAUACGCUGCCUCGGUCGCUGGCGUGAUCACUGUGGUGAGGUCGGCUCUGGGCGCAUUUUUACCACUAGCAGGUCGACCGCUUUAUGCAAAGUUGGGCCUUGGAUGGGGAAACUCAGCGCUUGGGUUUGUCGCAUUGGCCAUGGUUCCAUUACCACUCGCACUUGUACAUAUCGGCGAGCGACUACGAACCAGUCCCAGAUUUCAAAUUAGUCUUUGA